CAGCCCGGUCCUCGGGGAGGGGAGGGGGGGGGGGGGGGGUGCUGCCUAUGGGCGUUUUUCCGCGGAGGUGCAAGCACGUCCUUUUUUAUCUACCCCCGUUCAAUUGGGAGCGCAGAACCCCCCCCCCCAACGCAGCAAUGCGCCGAGCCUGCGUGUUGGUCGCCGUUUUUUGGCUCGGUGUUGUCACCGCAGGGAUCCCCCACGACGACAUACACUGGACAUACACGGAGGGAGCCUGGGACCAGAUGCACUGGGCGACCAAGUACCCAGCAUGCGGAGGUAGGAAACAGUCCCCCAUUGACAUCCAGAGGCGCAGUGUGAGACACAAUCCGGACAUCUUACAGCUGGAGCUCAGUGGAUAUGAUGCUCAGAAAGGGACUUUUCUCAUGUCCAACAAUGGACACUCGGUCCAAAUCGACCUGCCGCCCACCAUGAAGAUCACCAAGGGCAUGCCGGGAAAAUACACGGCCGUUCAGAUGCAUCUGCACUGGGGCGGUUGGGACCUGGAGGCCAGCGGCGCAGAGCACACCAUCGACGGCAUCCGCUACAUGGCGGAGCUCCAUGUGGUCCAUUACAAUUCAGACAAGUACAAGAGCUUCACUGAGGCCAGAGACAAACCAGACGGGCUGGCGGUACUCGCCUUUUUCUACGACGAUGGGCAUUUUGAGAACACCUACUACAGCGACUUCAUUUCCAACCUGGCCAAAAUCAAGUACGCGGGUCAGUCCAUGAACAUUUCGAGCCUCGACGUCCGCGCCAUGCUCCCGGAGAACCUCAACCAUUUCUUCAGGUAUCAGGGCUCCCUCACCACUCCCCCUUGCUACGAGAGCAUUCUCUGGACGGUGUUCGAUACGCCCAUCACUCUUUCGCAUAACCAGAUCAGAAAGCUGGAGAGCACACUGAUGGACAUCGACAACAAAACCCUGUGGAACGACUACCGCAUUGCCCAGCCUCUCAACGACCGAGUGGUGGAGUCGUCUUUCUUACCUCGACUUGGGAAAGGAUCGUUCUGUCGGCAAGACGAAAUAGAAUCCAAGCUGCUGAAAAUCGAAGGCCUGAUAACAUCUCUCGGGAAGAACGUGUACUCAGGUAGCGGACACGACCCGCGGCCAAGCAAAUACGAACCUCAAGCUUUGUUUCCUCUGGUGCUCAACUUCCAGCAGGAGCAUUUGGGUAGCUAUGCGAAGGCACACCUCGGCCAUCCGAUGGAUCUGGACUCUUUCACCGUCUGCGUGCACGUCUUGCCCGAAGCGGAGGGGGCGCACAACGUCAUCUCCUACUCCGGCGACGGCAUCCACAACGAACUGAUGGUCUCCGUCAGCGAGGACCGGGACGGCGAGGAGGUGGGCCUCUGGAUCGGCAACGAGUUCGUCAACUUGCCGCACAACGUCAAGUCCCACAGCUGGGUCAACUACUGCAUCACGUGGUCGUCCCGCACUGGCAGUGUCGAGCUUUGGAUCAACGGCAUGGUGGGGGAGCGACGCUACCUAAAAAGCGGUUACACAAUUAUCCCCGGGGGCGUUUUCAUUCUGGGCAACGAUCAGGACGGCUUGCUGGGAAUCUCCAACACCGAUUCCUUUACGGGAAAGCUGACCGAUGUGAACGUGUGGGACUACGUGCUGACCACAGCAAAUAUUCGAGACCAGAUGUCCUGUGAGGGGAACAGCACAACGCGGGGAAACGUGUUCAGCUGGGGGACCACCAAACUUAGUCUGUAUGGGGGGGUGCAGCUAGACAGCCAGUACAGAUGCUCCUGAAACACCCUCACGCUGCACAAACCGUUGUAAUCGCCCGCUAUUCGCGGGGGGGGGGGGGGG